UCAACACCUCCCAAAACCAUUGGAUCUUGGGCCGACAAUAUGAGCCAGCCAUCAUUAAAUCGCGGACAUGGUCGGACCAUAUCAGUAACGAGAGGUAGGUCUUUUGUCUACUCGCUAUACUUGAUCGACUUCGCGGCCCCUCUUACGCUGUUGUGUACCCAUGCCCUUCUGCUGUAGUGGUCCUCCAACGUGCGCUACAAUUCGAACUAAGCUUGUGUCAGAGGGCAGCUGUGUAAGAUGAGGCACAUAUGAAGCUGACAGUUAACCAACGUUUAGCUGUCCGUCCCAGGUCUUCUACCAAGGGUCCGCUGGACUUGAACGACACGCCUCUGAAUGACCCGUUGUCGCCCAAGGCCGCCGCUAAGGAAGAAUCGGCGCAGCAGCGCCCGAUAUCUGGCCAACGCUCGCCGGCUAUGCCGCAUUCCCCGACACCGCCUGUGCAGACGGCCGUCACUAAGAACUUUGGCUUUCUCCUGCGUCCAGAGAUUUACCAUAAUGUCAAUCCGGCCAACAUCCCGCUCGCCUUCAGAAACUCAUCCAAGCAACCUCCAGCCGAUGCGUCAUUGGAAGACCUUGUGGCUAAAGGUCAUUUCCGAGCGGCUGCCAUCGCUGCCGUGCAAGAACUCACAGCGACGGGGGGGCCGGUGCGAGGUAGCGUUGACCCCUCAGACCAUCAUAGAAUAUUCAACCUGCUAUACACGCGGCUAGCGUGCCUGACGCUCAUCGACGCAACGUCGAUAGCGGCGCAGGAGGUCAGGGCACUCGAAGACCUCAACGCCGGCAUCUACAUUGACGAGACCACCGGCGAACACCUCGUGCCUUGGGAGCUGCGGGUCCUCAAUGUGCGGCUGCAGGCACUCGGGUUCAACGACCCGCGGAGGUCUGUAAUGAGCUAUCACGAUUUGGCGAGGGAAGCGCGAGAGCAGAUCAUCAAGGCGAAGACCCGGCACGACAACUCGGCACGGGAGCUUUGGAAGGCACGGCUGACAGACCUGGGCAUCAACGUUGCUAGCGCCCUAAUCGAGAUGGACGAUCUGGCAGGUGCUGCGCAUCACUUGAGGACGAUCAAGGACCACGGCGACGGCAAGAUGGCGCUGUCCCGAGCGCUUCUCUGGCUGCAUCUCGGUGAUACAGAGGCCGCACGUAGCUGUGUUCAGGAUUUAGGAGAGGACGGAAAACAUGCUGAGAGGGUCGUAACCGCACUUUGUCAUAUGGCCGACGGCGAAUACGACACAGCAUUGCAAUCCUGGAAGGAACUGAAGGGGGAGUUGGAUGAUGAAAUGGUUGGGGUCAACCUCGCAGUGUGCCUUCUUUACACUGGCAGGCUUACGGAGGCCCGGUCCGUAUUCGAGGACAUGGUGAGCACUGGCUACUCCUCGCACACCCUUCUUUUCAACCUCAGCACGACGUACGAGCUCUGCACCGAGCGGAACCGCAAUCUCAAGCUGAGACUCGUCGACAAGGUUGCCGACCUGAACGAGACACCGCGGGGCUGGGAAAAGAACAAUGCCGAUUUCAAGCUAUAGAAAGGAAAAAACCAAAAGAGGGAAAGAAAUAACAAUAAAUAGAAUGUGUUGUUCACGUAUCCGUGGGGUCCGAAGGAUGGCACCCAUCCAAUUAGAGCCGAGCCAUCGCCUCACUCGCAAGACACCCCCAAUAAACUUGCCAAUGAACGGUGCUUCGCACGGAUUUUGCAUGCGCAA